AUAUCGAUACUCGAUUGGUCUGGUCUGUCUGUGAUGACGGGCAUGGCAUACAUUGGAAUCAAGCAAAGAAUGAGGAGCUAGCCCUAACAAGAUUAGUCUUCCAACAUUGUGGGAAUUUCUACAUUCAAUCUCCAAAAUACAGCUUAAAACUGAUCUCAGAACAACGUUAUCGAAGGAACAUCAAGCGAAAGUCACGAGGUAUACUUCUUGUUCAGGUUGGACAGAGACGCGCUGGCCUGUUAGCUAGCUAGCCUUUCUACUGUACCUGGUCAUCUAACUGAACUAUAUCUGUCUUGACAUUGACUUCAUUGCUGUUGUUGCCACGUGAGCAGGACAAUAUGAGUGGAGAGAGGGAAACGUUGAUGGAUGAAAUGGAACAGAGUUUAUACACUUUAACCAACGACAAUUUACGCUGCCUGUGUGAACGCAGUGGAAUAGGUGGCAAGGAUGGCUCUGAUGUUCAAGGAAAGAAUCACCAUCACUCAUUGUGCCGUAAAAUCCUGGAGGAACUUGGGAAAAAUGCAGAUUCAAUGGAAUCGGAGGAGCAGGGAAUGUCUUGGUUACUCCGACUGAAAGAGGACAUCAGAAAGAUACAGGAGGAUUGUAUCGGUGCACCUUUGAGUCCCAGCCAAUCCAUUGAUGAUGACGCUGUAGACUGUGAUGAAGAAGUGAACCAGAAGGACAUGGAUUGGUUACCUAGCAAAAGGCUGGAGGGGGAACCCAUGAGUCCCAGCCAAUCAUUUGAUGACGACGCUGCAGACUGUGAUGAAGAAUGGGAUGAGGAGGACAGGGAUUUGUUGCGUAGCAAAGGGCUGGAGGUGGAGUCAGCACCAGAGAGACACACACCAGAGCAGAGGGAGGAGAGCGUGAGUGGGUCCCCCUCUCUGUCCUCUCCUGGUAAUGCCUUACUGCUGGGUCUGAAGAGGGUGUCUGUGCGGCUGGUCGACUGCAGGAAAACACCAGGGUUGAGAGGAACUGCUGGAGGAGACGAGGAGGAGGAAGGAGACAUGAUUCAUCAAAGAAAAAGACGUGGCUAUUGUCGAUCCUCUGGGGAGCCUCAACAACAUCAUGAUGCUGAUGACCCAGACUGGAGUCUCUCCAAAUCAAAACACGUCAACAAACAACUGCAGAGACGUAAAGGGAAGAAACCUCACUACUGCUGCACUCAGUGUGGGAAGAGUUUAGCUGGUCCAGCGCAACUUAAAAUGCACCAGAGAAUCCAUACAGGAGAGAAACCUUACCGUUGCUCACAGUGUGGAAAAAGUUUCAGUCUAAAAGGUAAUUUUGAAAUGCACCAGAAAACACAUACAGGGGAAAAAAUUCACCACUGCUCUGACUGCGGGAAAAGUUUUGCACAAAACUCCACUUUAAAAGCACACAAGCAAACACACAAGCCUUCUGCAGAAAGGCCUUACCAAUGCUCCUUCUGCGAGAAGAGGUUUUGUAUUUUGGCAACCUUUAAUUUCCAUAUGAAAAUGCACACCGAAGAGAAACCGUUCCGAUGUUCUGACUGCGGAAUGCGGUUCAUUCAUUUCAGUUUACUGAAAUCACAUGAACAUAAACACAAGCCCUCCACCGAAAGGCCCUUCCACUGCUCUGAAUGCGGGGCGCGUUUUACUACAAAAGGUAAUCUUAAAUUUCACCAGCUGACGCACAACCGGGGAGAGAGACCUUACCGCUGCUCUGAGUGUGGGAACUGUUUCUCUCAUCCGGUGUAUCUGAAGAAUCACCAGAAAAGGCACAGUAAAGAGAAGUCUGUUGUCUGCGACCUGUGUGGAAAGACCUUCAACCAUCCUGACGACUUCAGAAUUCACAUGAAGAUACACCGAGGAGUGAAACCAUACAACUGCUCCGACUGCGGCAGCAGCUUCAUAUUCCACCGCCGUUUAAUAACACACCAGCGUGUGCAUACUGGAGAGAUGCCUUAUGUCUGCAAUCACUGUGGGAGGAGGUUUUCACUGUCUCGUACUCUGGUGAAUCACCAGCGAACGCACACUGGGGAGAAACCUUACCACUGUUCUUUCUGCGGGAAGAGCUUCAGUCGGUCACAAAACCUAGCUGCACACAAGAGAACUCAUACUGGAGAGAAGCCUCACGCCUGUGAUCAGUGUGGGAAGAGGUUUUCCCGAACCGACGCAUUGGCUGUACACAAACGCACUCACACCGGAGAGAAGCCUUACAGCUGUGAUAUAUGCGGGGAGAGGUUCACCUAUUUAGUAGCCAUGUUGAAACAUAAGAAAGGACAUGGACAUCCUGCCGAUGCACUCUAUGCUGAACAGCCUUAGAAUGAUCGAAGCUCUAUGAAUAGACUUUAUUGUCCAUUGUUUUACUUUUAAACUAAAGUGAUUUGUCUUUUUGCUUACAAUCUACCCCUCUAGAGAGACACAAGCACACAGGGUGGCAGGUAGCCUAGCGCUUAGAGCUUAGGGCCUGUAACCGAAAAGUCACUUGUUCUAAUCCCCGAGCCGAUAAGGUGAAAAAUCUGUUGCUGUGCCAUUGAGCAAGGCACCUAACACUAAUUGCUCCUGGGUCGCCGUUGAUAAUGGCUGACCCUGGCCGCGACUCCACUCUCCGAUGGCGUCUCAGGGGAAGUUGGGAUAUGCAAAAAACACAUGACCAAUUCACACGUGUGUAUAUAAGACACACUUGUACAUGUGUGAAAUAAGGACAAUAUAAACACCAAAUUAUUAUUAUUAUUGUUACAAACACACAGGAAGACACACACACACACACACAAACACACACGGGUUGGGAGCAGAGGGUCCGCAGCUUUGCAUUUGAGAGUGGUUACGUUUCCUCAGCCCCGUCCCACAGCUGCCGUUGGACUGAAACACAAAGCCAGGAUUGUGACUUUAAACUGCCUGAAAUUACAGGGUUGUGUACAUACAUUCAGUAUCUGACAGGGAGACCUAACCUCUGAGGCUCUCCUAGUCCUGGGUGGAGUUUCCUAUAGCUACAGAUCUAUAUAGGAUCAGCUUCUUCCCCACAAAUCCUAGCCUUAAAGCCCCUGUCAGUCUUUGUAAUUUUACACUAUGAGGUCGAAAGAACACUCUGAAAUUGUGAAAAUUAUGAUAAUGCACAUUUUGUGUAAGUGCAUUUUAUUUAUUUAUCAAAAUGCCUUUUUGGGCAGAAAUGCCUUCUGGAACAUGUGAACUUUCAUGUGCCUUAAUAACAAACUUGUAUUCCAUCCAUAAAUAUGAAUAAAAUUGUUAAAUUACGAGCCUAGUUGGUUCAACCACGGAAAAAGACAGGAACCUUCCCGGUAGCCAUGAUUGGCUGAGAUAAUGGAUGGGCUGGACAUGCCGGGAGAUGAGUGUGGAUUGGUCUGCCAUGUAGCAUGCUUCUGUCUAUAACGUGAGCUGUUCAGUAUGUCUUGAUAGUCCUUUCUACCGUGCCGUUUUUGAAAGAUAUAACGUUAGCCAUCGAGAACUACGAAACUUUUGCUACUUUUCUCAACAACAUUAAUGCCCUGAAUUUAGCAGGUGCUAUCGACAAAUCAGUUGGAAAAAGUGAUGGGCUACUUUCUGCACACGCCAUGGUCAGUGUGAACCAGAGUGACUUGACACAACGCUGGCCAAACAGGAUGUAGCUACAAAUAAAAGGGAGUUAAAUGGUUCCAGUAGUCCGUGAAGCAUCUAUGUAUACGGGUAAGAGUCUAGCUCCAUUUUCAGACACAAGUUUCUAAUUUUGUCAGAAAGUCGCUUUAUUGCAAGUUAAAGCGUACCGUUAGUUAGCUAGCGAACGAUAGCUUGCUGGCUCUCUAGCUAACGUUACGUGUAUGAUCUGUGAAGUAACAUUCGAAUCAGAAAACCAUUUGCAUUGCUAGGUAUAGCCUAAUGCAACCUAGCUAACAUUGAACCUAGUUUGUUAGCUUUAGCUACCUGCCGAUUCAUACCACAGCUAGCUACAUGUCUGAACAAAAGACUCCACUUCAGCCAGAUUAUUACACGACCCAUCAAAUUAGCCAGGUGUGUCUGGGGGUGAUUAUGGCCAUCUAUUGUAUUUCAUAAACAUGUGUACAUGUCUAGACAAAAGUGACCCAUCCACUUAGCUAGAUGUGGCUGGGGAGUGGUUUAGCAUUUCUUUCACAUGACCAUCAAUUUAGAUAAAUGUGUCGGGUAAGCGUCAUCUAACAAUUACAAAAUAUUUAAAAUAUUUUUUAUCUGGACACUUCCUGUUUUUGAUAUUGUUACUAUGCAAGUAACCAUUUCACUGUACCGUUAACACCUGCUGUAUGCUGUGCAUGUGACAAAUAAACUUUUUGAUUUGAUAUAGCGUGUGUUAAGGACAUUGCCCACCCAUCCUUUAUAAAGAGCACACAGUGCUACAGAACAGAAACAGAUUAACUGACAAAAGCAUUUCCAACGCACUCCCCUCGGUUGAGUUAGAUACAGUUAUUUAAAAAUAUGCAUAUAUAUUAAAACAUCUUGCAUAUCUUAAUUUAUUUCCACAAUUAACAAAUAAUAAGCAUAAUAAAGUUGGCAGUUCAUACAAAGGAUUGUUACCUAUAACCUAUAGUGUAAGGAAACCAAUGUUAUUUUGUCUUUCUUAACUAUGUCUUUGUUGAUUGUAAUUGUGUGUUAUCCUAAUCUGAUAGCAGUGCAAGUGAUGUCCAAUGUGAUGGUUGAUGCUGCUACUCUCAUAGCUACAAUAAUAUUGGUUUACACUUCAAAUGUUGCAUUGAUAUCAACUGUAUGCAGAUAUGACCUGUAUUUACUGUUUGUCUGAUGUUCUCGUUCAUUAACAAAGAACUUCAGUUAGUUUCAGAAUGGGUGGCGAGGAAUAAGUUAGUCCUAAAUAUUUCAAAAACUAAAAGCAAUGUAUUUGGGACAAAUC